AAAGCCUGCCGGAGUGUUCCCAGUACUACAGAUGGUGGCGGAGCAGAGCUACUGUACAACGCUAACGGGCGGCGGAGACCAAGAAGAAGUAGCCGCUGAAGAAGAGCCAGCAGUGGCCGAGGAGGAGGAGUAGUAGUAGCUUGGAAGUCUCAAUUCUUGCACAUCUCAACACAUUGCUCAUAUCGGCGGUGAUCUACACAAACACCUAAUAAAAAGAGAAGGGAGAAGUAGAGGAAGAUGGCGGCUGCGGCCUCGCCGGGCUCUGGCUCGUCCGCCGCCUCAGACUGGGCUGUGCUGAGAGACGGCUGCCUGCGCUGCGACGAGCAGGGCCUGCGAAGCCUCUCGUACCACCCGGCCCUCAACGCUAUCCUGGCCGUCACCAGCCGGGGUAGUAUUAAAGUCAUUGACGGGACAUCUGGGGCAAUCCUGCAGGCGUCGGCGCUACACGCCAAACCCGGUGGUCGUGUCCGAUGCCAGUAUUUCCCAGCGGUUGACAAGGUGCUCUUCGUGGAUGACUAUGUGGUCGGGUGCAGGAAGGACCUGAACGGCAUCCUCCUGCUGGACACCGCCCUGCAGCCACCAGCCUCCAAACCAGAGGACAUGGUCCAGUUGGAGCUGCCCGUCACAGAAGCACAGCAGAUGCUGUGUGCGUGUCAGGAGAAGAUCGAUGUCUCCAACACAGAGGGCUACGACCUCUUCAUCACACAACUCAAAGAGGGAGUGAAGAAUACCUCACACGAGACGGCAGCCAAUCACAAAGUAGCCAAGUGGGCCACAGUGACCCUGCACCUCCCCCACCAUGUCCUGAGGCUGGUGGCCGGCGCCGUGGUCAACGAGCUGAAGAAGAUCAACCAGAACGUGGCGGCCCUCUCCGUGGCCUCCUCCAUCAUGGACCGCCUUUCCUACCUCCUCGCCAGCGCCCGACCGGAACUGGGGGUGGGGCCUGGUCGUUCUGUAGACAGGUCACUGAUGUACAGUGAGGCCAACCGGAGGGAGACCUUCACAUCCUGGCCCCACGCCGGGUACCGCUGGGCCCAGCCCGACCCCAUGGCCCAGGCUGGCUUCUACCACCAGGUACCCCUCUCCGGAGGUGACGACCGGGCCAUGUGCUUCACCUGCAGCGUCUGUCUGGUCUGCUGGGAGCCCACAGAUGAACCUGGUCUGAAACAUGAGCGACAUUCCCCAAACUGUCCGUUCGUGAAGGGUGAGCACACACAGAACGUGCCGCUGUCGGUCACUUUGGCAACCAGCCCCGCCCAGUUCCCAGCGGCGCAGACGCCUCAGACAGAUCGCCUGCUAUGGCUUCGGGAGUUGCCCCACUUCCUGGCCGCCACAAAGAGGGGCAAGAUCUGCAUCUGGGACGUCUCCAAGAUGAUGAGGGUAGGGCACGGCAUUGGUCCGUCUUGAGUUCACCUGCCUUUCGAUAUCAACCCGUGACCGGCCAUCCUGAGCCAGAUCGUCCAGAGUGGCAGCGACCACAACCAGCAGAUGCUGACAGAUUCCCGGAGGCCCACCCUGGCCUGGCUGGAGGAGUCCUCCACCUGCUCAGACCUCCCCAAGCUGGAGGGAGACAGUGAUGACCAGUUGGAGGACUCGGACAGUGAAGAGCAUUCCAGAUCAGAGUCGGUAACAGGUACGCAAAAUCAACGGGAGGGCAUGGAGGUGAGUCUGGGGGUGACGGCGCUCAGCGUGCUGCAGCAGCCGGAGAAGCUGCAGUGGGAGGUGGUGGCCAGCGUGCUGGAGGACACGGUGAAGAACCUCGAGGAGCUGGGGGCCAACCCCUCGCUGGGCCACCAGGCCAACAAGCCCCACGGCCACGACAAGGCCAAGGACAAAUUCCAGGACCACCACAACAUUCCCUUCCCUGCCUGCUGGCCUGGAGGCAUGCUCAGCUACCGCCCCCACGGCACCCCCCGCCCCACGGCGGGCCCCGCGCCAGGCCCGCCGGACACCGACUGUCCCCCUCUCAGGACUCAAAGCCACGGCCCCCUGCAGGACCCCCGGCAGCCCCGUGCAGAUGGGGACCAGCGCCCCCCCCUCGCCCCUGCCGGCCACGCACCCCGAGGGGGUCUCCCCGCCCCACGCCCCCCUCGGCGCGCAGGACUAUUGCCCGUGCUGCUGCUGUACAGCAUAAAGGAGGCGGAGGACGCCAAGUCCUCGGGGAAGGUGUUCGCCCAGAUGAACAACCUGAUGAGCAAGGGGCUCCACGAGGAGGGCUUCACCGUGCCCCAGAUCAUCGAGAUGGAGUUCGACACGCACGAGCAGCUCCUCCUGCAAGACCCGCCCAUCACCUACAUCCAGCAGUUCGCCGACUGCCGCCGCCAACCUGGCGGGCCUGACCCCCACGGCGACAAGUGGAGCACGCUGGGGGCGCCCCCGGGCGCCGGCCUCCCGCGGCCCGGCGCCCUGGUGCAGUGUCUGCGGCUGCCCCGGCAGCUGGAGGAGGAGAACCUGUACGUGGACUCCAUCACGCCGUGCUGGGACGGCGUGCACCUCCUGGUGGGCCUGCAGCCGUGCGGCGUGGAGAGCCUCAGCGCCAUCAACCAGGUGGAGGCGCUCAACAACCUCAACCGCCUCAACUCGGCGCUCUGCAGCCAGCAGCCGCCAGAGCCCGCGCACCCCUCCCUGGCCAACGGGGUGGAGGGCUGCUCGCCGCCGCAGACGCCGCUCAUCCUCCCGCCGCAGAGCCGGCCCCUGGGGAGCGGCGGCGGGGGCUACCUGGCGCUCUACAAGCUCAACUACUCCACGCGCAUCGUCACGCUGGACGAGGAGCCCGUCAAGGUGCAGCAGAUCCGGGACCCCCGCGACGCCGUCACCUCCCUCAUGCUGCUGCCCCCGGACGUGCUGGACGGGCGGGAGGACGAGAGCGAGGAGGGGGCCCCCGACGAGGGCCUCCACGGCGGCGCCAAGGGGCGUCUCCUCCGGCUUCGGGGCCGGGGGCUCGUCGGCGUGGACGGCCUGCGGCGCGCCCCCGCAGAGAGCCUCACGGGGCCGUCGGCCUCCGCCUCGUCCAGCCCCAAGGAGGGGCGGCGGGCGGCUGUGACGGGCCUGGGACACCUGGUGGUGACCACGCAGGCCGGCUACAUUAUGAUACUGGAUCUGUCCACACUGGAGAUCCUGGCCAAGGUGGAGCCCCCCAAGAAGGAGGGCUCGACGGAGGAGACCGACCCCUUCGUCUCUGUGACGUACUGCUCCGGGACCGACCGCCUGUGUGCCUGCACGCAAGGUGGAGAACUUCAUUUCCUUCAAAUUGGAGGUGUGUGUGAUGAUCUAGACGACGGCGACAUGUUUGUCGACGGCCCCCUGUCUAAAGGGGUUGAACAGCUGCUGGAGGGGUCCAAGCCCUCCUCCAAUCCUUCCAGCCCUGGCAUCACAGGAGUAGACCUCCUGGUGACCAGGCCGACCACCGAGAGCCUGAGCUCCCUGGUGGAGCUGACGCGCUUCGAGACGCUGACGCCCCGCUUCUCUGCCACCGUGCCCCCCUGCUGGGUGGAGGUCCAGCAGGAGCAGCAGCAGAGGCGACACCCCCAGCACCUCCACCAGCAGCACCACGGGGACGCCGCCCAGCACACACGCACCUGGAAGCUGCAGAGCGACAGCUCCAGCUGGGACGAGCACGUGUUUGAGUUGGUGCUGCCCAAGGCCUGCAUGGUGGGCCACGUGGACUUCAAGUUCCUCAUGAACCCCAACAUCACCAACAUUCCGCAGAUCCAGGUCACCCUGCUGAGAACAAGGUCCCCGGGCCUGGGGAAAGUCAGCGAGACGGCGGUGGACAGACAGAUCUCCUUCCUGUCCCACGCACUGCACGCAAAUGGGGAGAGGAACGGACAGCCCCUCCUCUAUGAAUUCUCAGAGGACAUGCACUUCAUGGAUGUGGAGGACACCCCAGGCUCCAUGCUGUGUCCCUUCCUAGAGGACCACAAGGAGGACAUCCUGUGGCCGGUGUGGCUGGCCAGCGGACUGGACCUCUCCGGACACGCCGGCAUGCUGAGUCUCACCAGCCCCAAGCUGGUCAAAGGCAUGGCGGGGGGAAAGUACCGCUCCUUCCUGGUGCACAUCAAGGCGGUGAGCGACAAGAUGCCGAAGACAGCCCGCGGCCUGUUGGUGCGCAUGCCCAGCGCCAAGCCCAUCAGCACCAAGACCCACUCGCUGUCCCACACUGCUGCAGAGGGCGCAAGGCCUCCAAGGUAGCGGGCCGACAAGGCUUCCACAUCAAAGUCAGAGCCAGGCACCCCCUGCAAGAAGCCUGACAGCCUGCGGGGCUGUGACCUGCUGCAGGAGGUGUCAGUCACCAUCCGCAGGUUCAAGAAGACCUCAAUACCCAAAGAGAGAGUCCAGCGCUGUGCCAUGCUGCAGUUCUUGGACUUCCACGAGAAGCUGCUGAGCGCCCUCUGUAAGAGGGCCGAGGAGGGGCCCGGCACGGAGCACGGACAGAGCCUCAUCCUGGACAUCCUGUGCUGGCUGGCGGGGGUCUACUCCAACGGCUCCUGCAGCCUGAGGGAAGGAAAGGAGGGCCUGCUGGCCAAGACGAGGAAACGACUGACGGAGAUCGUCAGGGUCUGCUUCUUCGAGGCCGGCCGCAGUAUAGCGCACAAAUGUGCGCGCUUUCUUGCACUGUGUAUUAGUAACGGCAAAGGGAACCCCAGCCAACAGGGGUUCGGCACAGACCUUCUCAAGGCUCUUCUGGACAACAUGCCUCUGCUCCCUGCAGCGGCGACAGGCGGCUCGGUGUUCUGGUACUUUGUGCUGCUGAACUAUGUGAAGGAGGAGGACCUGGCCAGCUGCAGCACGGCCUGCGCCUCCCUGCUCACCGCUGUGUCCCGCAAGCUGCAGGACCGCCUCACGCCUCUAGAGGCGCUGCUGCAGACCAGAUAUGGUCUGUACAGCUCGCCCUUUGACCCCGUGCUCUUUGACCUGGAGGUCAGUGGGUCAUCCUGUAAGAAUGCCUUCAACAGCAGCACCGGAGUGCAGUCGGACGAGAUCGACCUCUCAGACAUCCUCUCAGGUAAUGGUAAGGUGAGUGGAGGAGCGGCCGCAGAGGGCAGCUUCACAGCCCUGACGGGGCUCCUAGAGGUGGAGCCGCUCCACUUCAGCUGCAUCUCCACCAGCGACGGGACCCGGGUGGAGCGCGACGACGCCAGCAUGUUCACAGUGAGUACGUUCGGCGUGACCCCCCGCGGUGGGCGUCUGUCCACGGGCUCGGUGGGCGAGGCGUCCACGGCGCUGAGCUUCCGCGCCCAGGUGGCGCUGCAGUCCCUCUCCCACGCCAUGGUGUCUGCCGAGCAGCAGCUGCAGGUGCUGCAGGAGAAGCAGCAGCAGCUGCUCAAGCUGCAGCAGCAGAAGGCUAAGUUGGAGGCGAAGCUGCACCAGACCACGUCUGCAGCGGCGGCUGCUUGAGUGGGGCCCAUCCACAACUCAGUGCCUUCCAACCCGGUCUCAGCCCCGGGCUUCUUCAUCCACCCCUCGGACGUCAUCCCGCCCCGGCCCAAGACCACGCCCCUCUUCAUGACCCCGCCCCUCACCCCGCCCAACGAGGCGGUGUCGGCGGCCUUCAGUGCCGAGCUAGCGCACCUGUUCCCCGGCUCCAUGAUGGAACCGGGACCCGUCAACCUGGUGGCACACAACAAGAGCAGCCAGAAGAGCAAGCCGAGCUCUAUGGGCAGUGGUCUAGCACUGGCGAUCUCCCAGGCUUCCCACUUCCUGCAGCCCCCUCCACACCAGUCCAUCAUCAUAGAGCGCAUGCACUCUGGAGCGCGUCGGUUUGUGACGCUGGACUUUGGGCGCCCCGUGCUGCUCACCGACGCCCUGAUCCCCACCUGCGCCGACCUGGCCUCCCUGUCCAUCGACAUCUGGACCCUGGGCGAGGAGGUGGACGGGCGCCGCCUGGUGGUCGCCACCGACAUCAGCACCCACUCCCUGAUCCUGCACGACCUGCUGCCGCCCCCCGUCUGCAGGUUCAUGAAGAUCACUGUGAUUGGCCGAUACGGGAGCACCAACGCCCGCGCCAAGAUCCCAUUGGGCUUCUACUACGGCCACACCUACAUCCUGCCCUGGGAGACGGAGCUGAAGCUGCUCCACGACCCCCUGAGGGGGGAGAGCGAGGCGGCGGGCCAGCCCGACGUGGACCAGCACCUGGCCAUGAUGGUGGCCCUGCAGGAGGACAUCCAGUGCAGGUACAACCUGGCGUGCCACCGGCUGGAGACGCUGCUGCAGAACAUCGACCUGCCGCCGCUCAACAGCGCCAACAACGCGCAGUACUUCCUGCGCAAGCCCGACAAGGCGGUGGAGGAGGACCAGCGGGUCUUCCUGGCCUACCAGGACUGCGUCCAGCUGCAGCUGCAGCUCAACCUGGCUGCACCACGCCGUGCAGAGGCUGCGCGUGUCGCUGGCGCCGGCCGCAGGGUCCCGCCCGGGGCCGGCGGCGGCGGCCACCACGACGCCCACGAGCUGGUCCAGGGCUCCUCCACGGAGCAGCUCAGGACCGUCAUACGGUACCUGCUGGACACGCUGCUCAGCCUGCUGCACUCCAACAACGGCCACGCAGUGCCUGCGGUGCUGCAGAGCACCUUCCACGACAGGGCGUGCGAGGAUCUGUUCAAGCACCUGUGUAUCAGCGGCACGCCCAAGAUCCGCCUCCACGCCGGCCUGCUGCUGGUGCAGCUGUGUGGCGGCGAGCGCUGGUGGGGCCAGUUCCUCUCCAAUGUGCUGCAGGAGCUCUACAACUCUGAGCAGCUGCUCGUCUUCCCCCAGGACAGGGUGUUCAUGCUACUGUCUUGUAUCGGCCAGCGCUCCCUGAGUAACAGUGGGGUGUUGGAGGGUCUCCUCAACCUGCUGGACUCCCUGCUAUCCCCCCUGCAGCAGCCCCUGGCCGCCGCCCAGAGACGCACUGAGGGCGUGCUGGACGUGCCUAUGAUCAGCUGGGUGGUGAUGCUGGUGUCCAGGCUGCUGGACUACGUCGCCAGUGUGGAGGACGAGGCGGCGGGCUCCAAGAAGCACCUCAACGGCAACCAGUGGAGCUUCAUCAACAACAGCCUCCAGUCCCAGAACUCCGGCCGGUCCUCCAAAGGCAACAGCAGCCUGGACCGCCUCUACUCCCGCAAGAUCCGCAAGCAGCUGGUGCACCACAAGCAGCAGCUAAACCUAUUGAAAGCCAAACAGAAAGCCCUGGUGGAGCAGAUUGAGAAGGAGAAGGUGCAGAGCAACAAGGGCUCCGCCUACAAGCUGCUGGUGGAGCAGGCCAAGCUCAAGCAAGCCACAUCCAAGCACUUUAAGGACCUGAUCCGUCUCCGGCGCACGGCGGAGUGGCCCCGGUCCUCUCUGGACACGGAGGCGGCGGCGGCGGCUAAGGAGGCCCCGGAGGUGGAGCCCCUGCCCUUCACCCUGGCCCACGAGCGCUGCAUCUGCGUGGUGCAGAAGCUGGCCCUCUUCCUGCUCUCCAUGGACUUCACCUGCCACGCAGACCUGCUGCUCUUCGUCUGCAAGGUGCUGGCCCGGAUAGCCAACGCCACGCGGCCCACCAUCCGCCUGUGCGAGGUGGUGACCGAGCAGCAGCUGGAGCGCCUCCUGCUGCUCCUGGUCGGCACCGACUUCAACAGGGGAGACAUCUCGUGGGGCGGGGCCUGGGCCCAGUACUCCCUCACCUGCAUGCUGCAGGACAUCCUGGCAGGAGAGCUCCUGUCUCCGGGCUCUCUGGACGUGAUGGACGAGGUGAACUCGGGCGAGGAGGCUGCGGCGUCGGGGGUCUCGUCCUCCGGGUCGGGGGACCUGGAGGACUCUUUGCCCCCGGCCGCACCCCUCUCCCUGGGAGAGGGCAUGGACGACUCCCUGGUCCCUGAUAUCAUCGCAGGUGCUCCACCUCUGUCCUCAUUGGAAAAAGAUAAAGACAUAGACUUUGACUUGCUACAAGACCUGAUGGAUGUUGAUAUUGAUCCUUUAGAUAUUGAUUUGGAAAAGGAUCCACUCGCCGCAAAAGUUUUUAAGCCUAUCAGCAGCACCUGGUAUGACUACUGGGGUGCUGACUAUGGCACUUACGGGUACAACCCCUACAUAGGGGGGGUGGGCAUCCCGGUGUCCAAACCUCCCGUUGCCGUGGAGAAGCCCGGCUCACAGAGCAUCUCCGUGUCCGUCUCCCAAGCUCUUGACGCCCGUCUGGAGGUUGGCUUGGAGCAGCAGGCGGAGCUGAUGUUGAAGAUGAUGGCCACGCUGCAGGCUGACUCCAUCCUGCAGGCCCUCACCUCCACCUCACCCACAGUGUCUCAGGCCCCCAACGGGACCGACGACUCCCUGCUGAGAGGCCUCCACGGAGGGUCUUCUCCUCCGGCCGGGGGCCCUCUGAUCCAGGCCUCCUCCAUCCCCAUGCUGAGUGCCUGCUUCAACAAGCUUUUCUCAAUGCUGCAGGUCCACCACGUGCAGUUGGAGUCUCUGCUGCAGCUGUGGCUGACCCUGAGUCUGAAUUCGUGCUCUAGCGGCAGCGAGGAGAGCGGCUCAGACAUCUUCAUGUUCAACGCCAGCAGAGUGCCCACCAUUCCCCUCAACCAAGCCUCUAUCAGCAGCUUCCUGACGGUGCUGGCCUGGUACCCCAACACCUCCCUGAGGACCUGGUGCCUGGUGCUCCACUCCCUCACCCUGAUGACCAACAUGCCGGCCUGCACUCCUGCUCCUGCUAUGGGCGGGCCAGAGGGCACAGCCCAGCAGAUGGUGUCGGACCCCACGCUGGUGCACGUGCUGGUGCGCUUCUUCUCAGGCAGCAGCCCCCACGGCACCGGGCAGCACAGCGCCCAGGUGGGCCCCACCGCCACGCAGGCCAUGCAGGAGUUCCUCAGCCGCCUGCAGGUGCACCUGUCCCCCACCUGCCCCCAGAUGUUCAGCGACUUCCUGCUCAGGCUCAUGCACAUCCUGUCCACCGAGAGGGGCCCCUUCCAGUCCGGCCAGGGCCCGCUCGAUGCCCAGGUGAAGCUGCUGGAGUUCACCCUGGAGCAGAACUUCGAGGUGGUGUCGGUCAGCACCAUCUCCUCCGUCAUCGAGUCCUCCACCUUCCUGGUGCACCACUACAUCACCUGCUCCGACAAGGUGGUGUCGCGCAGCGGCUCGGACUCGUCCUCGGGCGCGCGCGCCUGCUUCGGCGGCCUCUUCGCCAACAUCAUCCGCCCGGGCGACGCCAAGGCGGUGUGCGGCGAGACCACCCGCGACCAGCUGAUGUUCGACCUGCUGAAGCUGGUCAACGUGCUGGUGCAGCUGCCGCUGUCGGGCGACCGGGAGUUCAGCGGGCGCGCGCUGGGGGCGGGAGGCGCCGCCGCCGCCGCCGACAGCAGCGUGUCGGACGAGGAGAAGGUGUGCGGCAGCAUGGAGAGCAGCGGAGCCGCCGGGGGCGCGGCCUCCAGCCAGGGCCCGGCCGCCGGCAUGGCGGACCUGGUCCUGGCCAACCAGCAGAUCAUGAGCCAGAUCCUCUCGGCGCUGGGCCAGUGUAACAGCAGCGCCAUGGCCAUGAUCAUAGGAGCCAGCGGCCUGCACCUCACCAAGCACGAGAACUUCCACGGGGGGCUUGACGCUAUCUCGGUGGGCGAUGGCCUCUUCACCAUCCUCACCACCCUCAGCAAGAGGGCCACCUCGGUGCAGGUCAUGCUGCAGCCCAUACUCACCUACAUGGCCUGUGGAUACAUGGGUAGACAGGGUUCUCUGUCGACGUGCCAGCUGUCGGAGCCUCUCCUCUGGUUCAUCCUCAGAGUGUUGGACACCAGCGAAGCACUGAAGGCCUUCCAUGACAUGGGUGGCGUCCAGCUGAUCUGUAACAACAUGGUGACCAGCACGCGGGCCAUCGUCAACACGGCGCGCAGCAUGGUCUCCACCAUCAUGAAGUUCCUGGACUCGGGGCCCGGGAAGGCCGCAGACGGCAGCCUGAAGGCCCGCGUCAUGACGGCCGAGCCGGACAACGCUGAGGGCCUUCACAACUUCGCCCCCCUCGGCAGCAUCACGUCCAGCAGCCCCACGGCCCAGCCGGCGGAGGUCCUGCUCCAGUCCACGCCGCCCCACCGCCGGGCGCGCUCCGCCGCCUGGUCCUACAUCUUCCUGCCGGAGGAGGCCUGGUGUGACCUCACCAUCCACCUCCCCGCCGCCGUGCUCCUCAAGGAGCUGCACAUCCAGCCGCACCUCGCCUCCCUCGCCACGUGUCCCUCCUCGGUCUCCGUGGAGAUCAGUGCAGACGGGGUCAACAUGCUGCCUCUGUCCACGCCGGUCAUCACCAGCGGGCUGACCUACAUCAAGAUCCAGCUGGUGAAGGCCGAGGUGGCGUCGGCCGUGUGCCUGCGGCUGCACCGCCCGCGGGACGCCAGCACCCUGGGCCUGUCCCAGAUCAAGCUGCUGGGCCUCACCGCCUUUGGGAAUACCUCCUCAGCCACCGUCAACAACCCCUUCCUGCCCUCUGAGGACCAGGUCUCCAAGACAAGUAUCGGCUGGCUCCGCCUCCUCCACCACUGCUUGACCCACGUGGGCGACCUGGAGGCCACCAUGGCGAGCGCGGCGGCGCCCACGGCCAACCUGCUGCAGACGUGCGCGGCGCUGCUCAUGUCGCCCUACUGCGGCAUGCACUCGCCCAACAUCGAGGCGGUGCUGGUGAAGAUCGGCCUGCAGUCCACGCCCGUCGGCCUCAAGCUCAUCGACAUCCUGCUCAGGAACUGCGCCGCGUCGGGCACCGACCCCACCAACCUCAACAGUCCCUUGCUGUUCGGACGCCUCAACGGCCUCUCCUCAGACUCCACCAUCGACAUCCUCUACCAGCUGGGCACCACGCAGGACGCCGGCACCAAAGACAGAAUCCAGGCUCUGCUCCAGUGGGUUCAGGACUCGUCACGAGUCGCCGCCCACAAGCGCAACGGGCCAAUGGGAGGGUACGGGGGCGCAGGCGUGAGCUCCGCCUCCUCUUCCACCUCCUCCUCCAGGGAGUACGGCCUGCUCAUGCCCUCGCCCUCCCACCUCCACUGUGUGGCGGCCAUUCUGUGGCACAGCUACGAGCUGCCGGUGGACUACGACCUGCCGCUGCUGCUCGACAGGGAGCUCUUCGAGCUGCUAUACAACUGGUCCAUGUCCCUCCCGGGCAACGUGGUGCUGAAGAAGGCGGUGGACAGCCUGCUGUGCUCCAUGUGCCACAUCCACCCGGGCUACUUCUCCCUGCUCAUGUCCUGGCUGGGCAUCGUGUCUCCGCCCGCCGCCACGGAGCACCACCGCCGCCACCACCGGCUCUCCAUGACGGACGACGGCAAGAAGCAGCACGACGCCAACGCCACGGCCAGCGCCGCCGCCGGCCUCACGGACGACUCCAAGCACGCCCGGCUGCCCCUCGACCUCACCGAGUCCCAGCUGACCACGCUGGCGGCCGCCGCGCUCUCGCCCGGCGCCAUCGAGCAGCUGCUGGACUCGGGGCUGCCCUCCCUGCUGGCCCGCAGCCUGGCCCAGCUCUGCUGCAGCCUGCUGGCCAGCGCCGACCUGCCGCUGCCCGCCACCUCCCAGGCGGAGCGCCACCGGCAGCACCACCACUCCCACCACCACGCGUCCCACCACCAUCACCUGCCCCCGCACCACCACUCCUACGGCUCCUCGUCUUCGUCUUCGUCGUCGUCGUCGUCUUCGUGGCAUCACAGCCAGCCGGCCCUGGCCCCGGAGCUGGCGGCCCCCGUGCUGCGCUUCCUCACGGAGGUGGGCAACAGCCAUGCCAUGAAGGACUGGCUGGGCGGUCCCGAGGUCAACCCCCUCUGGACCUCCCUGCUCUUCCUGCUCUGCCACUCCAGUGCCAGCAGCGCCGGGUUCCACAGCAGCGCCACCACGCCCUCCUCCCCCGCCGGCGCCGGCGCCUCCGCCUCCUCCCCCCAGGCCUCGGGGUCCCACCACCUGGCCCCGGGGCGACCGGGGCCCCUCAGCACCCAGCAGAGGACGGCCCUGGAGAACGCCACCGUGGCCUUCUUCUUGCAAUGCAUCUCCUGCCACCCCAACAACCAGCGGCUCAUGGCUCAGGUGCUUUGCGAGCUGUUCCAGUCGGCCCCCCAGCGCGGGAGCGUGCCCGUCUCGGGGAACAUCUCCGGGUUCAUCAGACGGCUCUUCCUGCAGAUCAUGCUUGAGGAUGAGAAAGUCACCGUGUUCCUGCAGUCUCCCUGCCCGCUUUACAAAGGCCGUAUCAACGCCACGAGUCACGUGAUCCAGCACCCCAUGUACGGAGCCGGACACAAGUACCGCACCCUGCACCUGCCCAUCUCCACCACGCUGGCUGAGGUCCUGGAUCGGGUCUCGGACACGCCCAGCAUCACAGCCAAACUGAUCAGUGAGCAGAAGGACGACAAGGAGAAGAAGAACCACGAGGAGAAGGAGAAGAUGAAGGCCGACAACGGUUUCCAGGACAACUACAGCGUCGUCGUAGCCUCAGGCUUGAAGUCCCAGUCUAAGAGGGCCCUAUCCACGCCCCCCCGGCCCCCCUCCAGGAGGGGCCGCGUGAUGACAGACAAGCUGGCCGCCUCCUCCUCCUCAGACCCCUCCAACAAGACCAUCAGCGUCCCCGUCUUCCACCUCUACCACAACCUGCUGCCAGGCCAGCCGCUGCCCGCGGAGAUGACCCUUGCCCAGCUCCUAACCCUGCUCUACGACCGCAGGCUGCCUCAGGGCUACCGCUCCAUCGACCUCACCGUCAAGCUGGGCUCCAAGGUCAUCUCGGACCCCGGCCUCUCCAAGACGGACUCCUUCAAGAGGCUAAGGACAGAGAAAGUGGAGCACUGUGAGAUGCUGAGCAGCUGUCCCGAGGACGAGCCCAUGACCCCCGGAGAGGAGAUACCAGACGCCACGGACGAGACCCUGCUGGAGACCAGCCCGGUGCAGUCCCCCCUGCAGGUGUUCGCCGGGAUGGGGGGCCUGGCACUGAUCGCCGAGAGGCUGCCCAUGCUCUACCCAGACGUCAUACAGCAGGUGAUCUCGCCCAUCGUGCCCUCCACCACGCUGGAGAAGCCCAAGGAGAGCGACCAGUUUGAGUGGGUGACCAUCGAGCAGUCGGGGGAGCUGGUGUACGAGGCGCCCGAGACCAUCGCGGCGGAGCCCCCCCCUCCGCCCAUCAACAAGCAGCAGCUGCAGGGCCAGGCGUCGUCGUCCUCCUCCUCCUCGGUGCAGACCAUGUCGCCCAUCCCCGCCCACUCGCUGGCGGCGUUCGGCCUCUUCCUGCGGCUGCACGGCUACGCCGAGGUGCUGCUGAAGGAGAGGAAGCACGCCCAGUGUCUGCUGCGGCUCGUCCUGGGCGUCACCGACGACGGCGAGGGAAGUCACAUCCUGCAGUCUCCGUCCGCCAACGUGCUGCCCACGCUACCCUUCCACGUGCUCCGGGCGCUGUUCAGCACCACGCCGCUCACCACAGACGACGGCGUCCUGCUCCGACGCAUGGCCUUGGAGAUCGGGGCUAUCCACCUCAUCCUGGCCUGUCUGUCGGCCCUCAGCCACCACGCCCCUCGCAUCCCCAACGCCUGCCCCAACGCCUCCGAGCCCCAGGCGGCUAGCGGGCACGGUGGUGGCACCAGCGAGGAGCAGCAGCUGUACUGGGCCAAGGGAACGGGCUUCGGUACGGGCUCCACCGCCUCGGGCUGGGACGUGGAGCAGGCCCUCACCAAGCAGCGGCUGGAGGAGGAGCACGUCACCUGCCUGCUACAGGUACUGGCCAGCUACAUCAACCCGGCAGGCUGUGCUGGCGGACCGGGCAGCGAGGCCCAGACGUCCGGAGAGAGCCGACCCCACAACAGCACGGCGCUGCCCGCCGUCCUCCAGGAGCUGCUCAGCCAGUCCUGCCUCAUCCCCGCCAUGUCCUCCUACCUGCGCAACGACUCUGUACUGGACAUGGCCCGCCACGUGCCCCUGUACCGGGCCCUCCUGGAACUCCUGAGGGCCAUCUCCACCUGCACAGCCCUGGUGCCCCUGCUCCUGCCCCUGCCUGGGGGCCCGGGGCAGGAAGAGCCGGAUGACGACAUGGACGAUCAAGGCUCUGAGGGCCAGACCUCCGUAGGCAUGUUGCUGGCCAAGAUGAAGACCUGCGUGGACACGUACACCAACCGCCUCCGGUCAAAGAAAGACAAGAGUAAAGUCUUGCCCAAGCCGGACAGCUCGGACCCGGAGCCUGAGGGCUUGUCCCUCCUGGUGCCGGACAUCCAGAGGACGGCAGAUAUCGUCUACUCUGCCACCACCAGCCUGAGACAGGCCAACCAAGAGAGGAAGAUGGCCGAGUCGUCCAGAAGGACGUCCAGCCGUCCCAAGCCGCUGUCUGUCCUGCGAUCCCUCGAGGACAAAUACGUAGCAGCCAUGAAGAAACUCCAGUUUGACACCUUUGAGAUGGUGUCGGAGGACGACGACGGUAACCUGGUGUUCAAGGUGAGCUACCACUACAUGUCUCAGGUGAAGAACGCCAGCGACGCCAACAGCGCGGCCCGCGCCCGGCGGCUGGCCCAGGAGGCGGUCACCCUCUCCACCUCCCUGCCCCUCUCCUCCUCCUCCAGUGUGUUCGUCCGCUGUGACGAGGAGCGCCUCGACAUCAUGAAGGUCCUGAUCACGGGGCCGGCCGACACGCCCUACGCCAACGGCUGCUUCGAGUUCGACGUGUACUUCCCCCAGGACUACCCCAACUCCCCCCCCCUGGUUAACCUGGAGACCACCGGGGGGCACAGCGUCCGCUUCAACCCCAACCUCUACAACGACGGCAAGGUGUGUCUAAGCAUCCUGAACACCUGGCACGGCCGGCCUGAGGAGAAGUGGAACCCGCAGACCUCCAGCUUCCUGCAGGUGCUGGUCUCGGUCCAGUCUCUGAUCCUGGUGUCGGAGCCCUACUUCAACGAGCCGGGCUACGAGCGUUCGCGGGGCACGCCCAGCGGAACGCAGAGCUCCCGCGAGUACGACGGCAACAUCCGCCAGGCCAGCGUCAAGUGGGCCAUGCUGGAGCAGCUGAGGAACCUGUCCUCCUGCUUCAGAGAGGUGAUCCAUAAGCACUUCUACCUGAAGCGGCGGGAGGUGAUGUCUCAGUGUGAGGACUGGAUCACAGACAUCCAGCAGUACAGCAGCGACAAGAGGGUGGGCCGCACCAUGUCCCACCACGCAGCCGCUCUGAAGAGGCACACGGCCCAGCUGCGGGAGGAGCUGCUGAAGCUGCCGUGCCCCGAGGGGCUGGAGCCCGACGGGGCCCACUUCUCCCCGGACCAGCAGCAGACGACAGACGGGGGCCUCCUGCUGAAGGAGCUGCCCCUCGCCACCCCCACCGCUCUGGACGCAGAGACCCCCGGGGGUAGCCAGGACCUGCACGCCCCCACCGAGGUCCAGCUAUGAGUCUGGGGGCCCCCGGGACCCCCAAAAACAACCACCACCCCAGACACCACCUUCUUGCAAGACCACCCUCUGGGGGUGAGGGGGCCGCGGUCAACGGGGACCCAGAUCCCAACCAGCCCCCCUUCACCCUUCUUCAUCCGGCCCCCCUUCCCCCUUCUUCAUCCUCCUCCUCCUCACAACUAUCGCUAUGGUUACGGCGUGGACUGGAAAAGGCUUCCAAGCACAAGCCACACGGUUUCAUUUGUCAAUAUUUGUAUGUAAGAAAGGAAUUAUGUAACUGAUGAUGAGUAAUGGGGAUGGGGGGGGGGGGGGGGGGGUUAGGGAAAUAUGUGUGGGGAGGGGGUGGAGGUGUGGCCGUCAUAGAGGAAAAGGAGGAGGAGGAGGAGGGAUCGAGACGCUAGUUCAAACCCGUUGAUUAACGUGAACUUGACGGGAGCCAGACCCACUGCGGACUCUGCUAUGCCCUGAUCGACGAAACAUGGUCGACGAAACAAGUCGGCUUUUAUUUACCUGUAAAAGAGUGUCAACAUUUUGUGCUGCCCCCCCCCCCCCCCCCCAAGCCACCGACCCUCCCACCCAAUUGUGAAAUAACCACUGAUUGGUAUGUUAUUAAACUCAUGUGUGUAUACGUACAGACGGAGGGCAGAUUAUAUAAGGGACCGGUUCAUGAAUCAUCAUUUCCUUUUUCUUUUUCUUUUCUUUAUUUUUUUCUUUGACUCAUAGACCGACUCCAGUUAUAAGCAAGGGUAUAUAUAUCGGACAUUCUUUACAAAUACUAUUUAAAAGGAAAAAAAAAAUGGCGUAGACAAAAAAUUCGUCCUACUGAUUUGGAUACGGUCCUGUGAUUGGCCGACGUGGCUUCUUCUGAUUGGCCACGGGACUCCUGUGCACCUCAAUAAAAGCUAAGAUGGGCAUCUUAAAUGUUAUGAUGUUGUCCCUUGUAUGGGCUUAAACAAGACACACACACCUUAAGGUUUAAAAAAAUUAUAAUCCAACCAACUCUCAAUGCAAGUUUAACAAACGCAGCCCGUUUUAUUUUGCCUGGAAAGAUAUUUUCAUGAGUGUAAAGGAGGAUGCGUACAGGAUAUAUAUUUUGAAGGCUUCUCUGCAUGUGUAUGCGUGUGUGUGUGUGUGUGUGAGUUUUAUGUGCGUGUGCAACAAUCCCCCUAGUGAGAUGCAAGCUGUGAUGUGCCUUUGAUCUACACUACUCUACCAAAACGCUCUGAAAACCUCCUUACGACUUAUUCGCUCUUUCUACAAAUUAAUAAUUCAGCUCCGUCUGGGCUUAAAACUGCUUUGAUCUGUUUUUAUUAUGUUGAUUCCAGUGGACAAAAAAGAUGCACUUUCUAUUAUCACUCUCAAAACACAUUCUCCUAUUUUUCUUUUCUUUUCAUUUGUUUUUCCUUUUAUUUUUUGCUAGGACAUUAAAUGGAGCUUGUGGAAUGAUUGUUGCGAAGGCUUCUUUUCUAACGCUGAUUGAGAUUUAACGCUAGAACGAGAGGGAUGACUGACUAGCUGGUUCCCCGUCCUCCCGGCUCUGUUCAAAUCAUUUAAUGUUCUCCUUACUCUAUUGCACUGGCUGGCGUCACAUAUUUUACUGCUUAUUAAAUUAAACAGUCACAUUCAAUAUUGAAGAAGUUGUUAACACAGCCAAGUUGUAAACUUUGAAACUUCUCUGAUCAUGCAUGCAUGGUAUAAUGUUGAGGGUGCUGUCCUUGGUGUGACAUACAGGAAGUAGAGGACCUGUUGUGGAGAUUAAACAUGUUUAUACACUGCUCGACCACGCUCUUGAGGUCAACGAAGUUGGCUAGUCUUUGGGCCACUGAGCAUUUGGUUAUCAGUAUUAUAAUUUGGCGGAUCCCAAGUUUUUGUUUUAUGUUUAUACAUUGUUUUGCCCUUUAAAUGCUAAAUGUAAAUUUAAUCUAAAUGUAAAACGGUGACAUUGCAAAUGCUACAGUUCCCUGAUUUGUCAAUGUAAUAUAGUUUAACACCUUUGAUAACGAGGCCUCCUAACCAAUAGGGAAGCGCAAAACAAUUUUUGCUUGCAGCUUCGAAACAUAGCGGAGUAACAAAUAAAAAAUCCAUGUUGAAAGCUUAAUAAAGUAAAUUAUGUUCCAAUGA